AUGGCGUUUCGGUACAAGAACACAUUCAUCGAUGAGUGCUCCCCGGUAAAUGCGGGGCAUCGCUCGAACAGCUGCCCACCUGCCGGCUCGAGGGACACAGACUGGGUCCCCGACAUCACGCAGGCGACAAAAACUCUACAAGCCUACGUGACUGGUUUACCUUGUACUGCUGCAGCACUGGCACCGCUUCCGAAUGAGGAGACAGACGCCCCACAAGCCUACGUGACUGGUUUGCCUUGUGCUCCUGCAGAAGUGGAACCGAGUCCGAGUGAGGACCUCGCACCUGAAGAGCUGGGCGCUGCUGCGCAAGCAAUCCAAGGGCCUCCUUCCCACUCUUCCAAGAUCGCCAACAAGGAGAUACGCGAGCCGCUGGCCCAUUGCAAUCCUGGAAGUCGGGGGCACCCCGCGCUCUGCAAGAGGCCGUGUGUGUACAUCAGCACGCAGGGGGUUUGCCAACUGGGCGAUGCAUGCGAAUAUUGCCACUUCCAGCACAGGAAGGUGAAAUCCUUGGACAAGCGCCAGAGGGACUCCGUCUGA